AUGAGGCGGUUAUUGCAGCAUCAGCAGCAGCAGCAGCAGCUGCUGCAGCAGAAAGAGAAAGGAAAGGAGAAGCAAGGGAAGGAACACAGGAGAAAGCUAAAUACAGCAGCACCUUACCCAGCAGGAACAGCAGCAACAGCAGCAGCUGCAGCAGCAACACUCCGCCAGCAGCAGCAGAAGCCAAUGCCCAGCUCGGCCCAACCAGCCUCGUGCUGCAGCAGCGACCCUGGAGGCCCCCCGUGUGCAGCGGCGACUCCCCUGCAGCUUUUCGUCUCCAUUGAUAUCAACAGGCAGCAGCAGCAGCUGCUGCAGCAACUGCUGCAGCCCCAGCAGCAGCAGCAGCUGCAGGAGCGGCUGCAGCAGCAGCUGCAGCAGCAGCAGCGAGACGAGCAGCAGCGAGACGAGCAGCAACAUAAGCAGCAGCACAAGCAAUAG